UAUCAAAUCAGUUUGUCGGCAAUCGUAGCGAGUAACGGUGGAUUACGCGAACAGCUCGCCAAAUGCCAUGAAACGCGUUGUUGGAUAUUAAAGAGAGAAAAAACAAAAAAAAGAAAAGCAACAAUGUAGUGAGUUGGGACGUUUUCUUAUCCGACUGUUGAAUGGUAUUUGUGAUGGAUUUCGCCUUUUUUUUUGCCGAAAGCCUAGGAUUCCAGUGCAUCAGACCAGUUUAAAAGGCCAGCACACCAACACACAUAUGCUGGAGUACAUGUGUGUGUUGGAGGCUCUUCAUUGCGCUUAGCGACGGAAUUAAUGAAGUUGUCACACGUAGACGCGUUUAAAUGAGCGACUUUAUCUACAUUUCAAAUGUAUUGUGUGGCCAAAUUGACUCCGACGGCUCUUACACAUGUGUACAGUGGUGUGUGUGUGUCUAAUACUAUGGGAAGUAAAAUCUCGAAUUAACCUUGAAAGGCAACAGUUUUAUACGAAGACACGACGACACAGUCAAACUUGUAACGGAACAUAUCAGUGAAACAGGAUAUCAAAAAAAAAUAUCAGAAAGUUAAAUUACAAUUAAAAGCUACAAGUACAGUUAGGUAUCAUCAACAGAACGUUCCACUUCCUCCGACAAAAUGUUUUGGAUUUUACGACGCACCGGUGCAGCGAAUUUCUUCAAUUCGCUAAACAACAAUUGCAGCUCAUCGAAGGGCGGAAGUAGUUCGGGCACACAAGAUAAAUAUGUGAAGCGACCGCCGCGCAAAGCUUACGGGCGGCUUAGUGCCGAUUCGGACGAUGCCAGUUCACAGCAAAAGCACAAAAUCGAUGAUCCCUUUGACGAAUUUGAUAAUUUCAAAAUAAUAACUUCGGGCAGUGGAUGUAAUGAUGGCAAUGGCAAUGGCAAUGGCAACGUCAACGGCAAUGGCAGCGCCACAUGCCAACAUGUGCACUCAGGGGUGAGCGAUGGCGGGGGCGGAGGAGGCGGCCGCGCUGGCGCAGCUGCUAUUAAUGGAUCCAUGAUUCCUUGUACACUGCCCGAUUGCCAGGGAAAUUUCGUUAACGAAGGCAUGUGCCACCUAAAUGAUGCGACGGGCUGCGCGGGCGGCGGUGGCGCAUCGAAAUCGAACUCAUCCGCAAUGCAGAGGCACAAGGAAGUCAAUGAGAACACCAUUAACCGACUGCAAGCGAUGGCGAUGUCAGAUGAUGAUGAUUACGAUGAAUCUCUGACAUGCAAUGUUUGUGAUAGAGCUUUCCAUUGUCAUAGGCAAUUGGCUUCGCAUCAGCAGAAGAAACGUCAUUUCGGUUGCAACGCAUGUGAUAGUCUCUUUCCAUCACUAAUGAUACUCGAACAUCACAAAGAGGAGUUUGAACACUGGAGCGACGACGAGAUCAGUCGGCAGGUUUGCUGUAGACGAAAUCGGGGUGACGAUUACUUUACUGAUACCGACUCCUUCACCAGUGAGGCGGAGAGCGAGGACAUGGAGCGGUUAUUGUAAAUCGCCUCCAAGAAUUGAGCUGAGAGAACUAUUAUAUAUAAGCAUGAAUGGCAGAUAUUUUACAAAAGAGCUUACAAAAUAUAUGUAAGGGACAUCCAAGGCGUAUCAAAGUCUGCUUACAAGAAAAUCGAAAACGAGAUGGCAUUCAAUGCUGUCAAAGCAAUACAAGUACAAGGAAAGCCGUUCGAAAAAUUCUUUGUGUGAAACCGCUCGUGCGUGCCCGAGUCAACAAGUUGAUUAAACUAACAUAUGCUAGGUGUUUUUAUAUCCCAAAAGUCCACAACCUUUGACCGCAAGCGCUCUUUUCAAGUGUGUACGACAUCAAAAAGCAAACAUCUAAGCAAAUUAUAGCCACUGGAAAUAAAUAAGUGAACAUAACGGUACAAUAAUCGAGUACGCAAUUGUGUGUGAACAAGGGUGGUAGCAUAGCGGUACUUCAUUGGAGCAAAUGUACAAUAUAAGUUAAGUUUAAAGUUAAGAGAUCAUCCUCCCCAUUAAAAAUAGGGUUAAUUGAAUAUAUUGUAAAUAAAACGACUCUAGGUGGUGGAGAAGAUUCUCAUGCAAGAACACGCUUACCAAUGUACUUAUUAUACCUGUAAAGCCAGU